CACGCAGGCAGCGUCAGUUGCGGCAGCUCGUGCUUCAUCAGCUCCGGGUUUUUCUACUGUUUGUUUCUGGAGACAGAUAAAGAGAUCAGAUUCAGAUCGAAUCGGAUCGUCGCUGUUCGUCUGAGAUGCUCGUGAUUUAGAGGCGUCGGUCAUCAGUUUGUGUCGGACUGAAAGGAAUGAGAUCAGAUCAUCAAUGUUUCACUGGGGCAAGUGGAAGAAGAGGAUGGGCGCGAACAGUUCGUCCAAGAGACCGGUGUUCGACGAUAAAGAGGAUGUGAAUUUCGAUCACUUCCAGAUUCUCAGAGCCAUUGGUAAAGGCAGCUUUGGGAAGGUGUGUAUCGUACAGAAGCGGGACACAGAGAAGAUGUUUGCUAUGAAGUAUAUGAACAAACAGCAGUGCAUUGAGCGGGAUGAAGUGCGAAACGUCUUCAGAGAGCUGGAGAUCUUACAGGAGAUUGAACAUAUGUUUUUAGUCAAUCUAUGGUACUCAUUCCAGGAUGAGGAGGACAUGUUCAUGGUGGUUGACCUGCUGUUAGGUGGAGACCUGCGUUACCAUCUUCAGCAGAACGUCCCAUUCACUGAGGAAGCUGUAAAACUCUACCUGUGUGAGAUGACCCUGGCGCUGGAUUACCUGCGGAGUCAGAACAUCAUACACAGGGACAUCAAACCUGACAACAUUCUGCUGGAUGAACAAGGUCACGCACAUCUGACGGACUUCAACAUCGCUACAAUAAUCAAAGACGGUGAACGAGCCACAGCCCUUGCUGGUACCAAACCAUACAUGGCUCCAGAGAUCUUUCAGUCAUUCAUGAGCGGGGGAUCAGGUUAUGCCUUUGAGGUCGACUGGUGGUCGUUGGGUGUGACCAUCUUUGAGGUUCUGCGAGGUUGGAGGCCGUAUGAUAUCCACAGCAGUAAUUCAGUGGAGUCUCUGCUGCAGUUGUUCAGUACAGUCAGUGUUCAGUAUAGUUCAACCUGGCACAAAGAUCUCAUCUCACUGCUGAGGAAGUUAUUGACGGUGAACCCCGAGCAUCGUUUCUGUGGUCUGGCUCAGAUGCAGACGGCGCUUUAUCUCGCUGAUGUCAACUGGGAUGAUGUUUAUGAGAAGAAAGUGGAGCCCGGGUUUGUUCCCAAUAAAGGUCGUCUGCACUGUGACCCAACAUUUGAACUAGAAGAGAUGAUCCUGGAGUCUCGUCCUCUACAUAAGAAGAAAAAACGAUUGGCCAAAAACAGAUCCAGGGAUAACAGCAAAGAUUCUCAGUCUGAGAACGAGUAUCUUCAGGAAUGCCUUGAAGUCGUCCAGCAAGAGUUUAUGAUUUUCAACCGUGAAAAGUUAAGGCGUCGCCAGGAGGAGGAGACUGUUAUGGGAGGUGAUGGGGAGGGAGAAGGAGCGGAGGCUGACGAUGGAGAUCCAGACGCUGAGGGAGGAACGGAGGACGAAGAGGCGGAGCUUGAACCCGAGACCUCUAAACUGAGCAUGUGCGGCUCUGUCUGCUCGUCUCCAGGAAGCUGCUAGCGUAAUCACCAUGCCUUUAAAACCCCAGAGCAGAACUCUGAAGGACCCUGACGGCGGCACAGGUGAACCAGCACAGGUGUACAGACGGUCCGGGUCUCAAUUUACUCUUUUACAUUUCCAUACAUGUGUUGCCUGUAGGUCGCUCUCUAGAAUAAGUGUAAACUUCUAUGCAACAUGAUUUUCAGCAUGAUGUAAAUAGAGAUUUAAGAGACUAUUAAAUGAAGGAUAUUUUUAGUUUAAAGCAUUUUCCACAUACUGACAGAUUAUUGGUUUAUGUUUUAAUCUGUAGCGGUUUAUAUUAUUGAUGCGAAUUAAUGGUUAUUAUUUUUAAAGGAUAUUUAAUAAGUAAACUUAUGUGUGGUGUCAUCAAACAAUGAAAGUUGUUUCAGAGGGAAAUAUAAAUGAUUGUGACAAUGCUUGCACUGGAAAAAAAUGACUGACUUAGUAUUUUUGUACAUUUCUAAAAAUUCUUAACUCAAGGUGUAUUUUCUUCAUGAGCAAAAAGACCCUAGAAAAUAAGUAUAGUCAAAAAUAUCUUCCAAUGGCAGAUUUUGUUGUUUUAGGCACAAAUUGACUUUAAUUUUUUUGUCUAAAAACUAGAAUUAUUUUCUUAGAUCUUUUUGCUCAUCCAAAAAUUCAUCUUGAUUUAAGAAUAUAAAGAUAUUUGUACUGAAAAUAAGACAAAAUACUAAGAAAGUCAUUUUUUUCAGUGUGAUUCAUUGUAAUGUGGUAUUCAACAUGAAGAUAUAAGGAAUCACAUACAGUAUGUGAUUUAAAAAAAAAUUUUUUACAGUAUUCCUGUAGCUUAGCAUGGUGCUAACAACACCAGGGUCAUUGCUUCAUAUACUGAUACCUUAUAAGUCCAAGGUGCAUGUACAUCACAUACUGGAUAAAAACUAAAUGAGUUCAUGUGACAUCGAUAAGUGAAAACUUUACAUUAUAGCUGACGAUUUAAUCUAAAGACCAUGAGCAAAGAUGUAAAUCAGAAAAAAGUUAAAAUCCUCAAAUUUUAAACGACAGUUUUCAUGUAAAGAUUCACAUCCUCUUUUUUUAAUCGGCCUGCAUCUUGAUUUUGAGUCAUUAUGUAUUUUUCCAGAAAGACAGACGUAGAUUUAAAUGUGUUAAAGUUAUGUAUGCCCUGAAUUUACUAGCAUUUACUUUAAAUGACCUCAAAGCUAAUAGACGUGAACUAAAGCCAGACAACUUUGAUGAAGAAGAUAAUAUCCAUUUGAUUCUUGUUGAUCGACUCUUUAACCUCUUAAAGCUGUUAGUAGCUGUUUUAUUUUUUUAACCUCUUGCUGCUUUUGGCAACAUGUUAGUUGCCAUACUGCCUUUUGACUGUUAGACUUCUUAAACUACCACUUCAUUUAGGGUUUGUGGUAAAUCUGGACGUACGGUACAUGAACCCAAUUCAUUCAUCUCUGCUAUUUACUAAAGUCUUGGCUUUUCUCUAUAGGAUAUCAAUUUAAGAUUGAUUUAUAACAAACCGAGAGAAAUAUUUGCAGAGAUUGCGUUCAUGUGGCUUCAGUAGUUUCUCCGAUGGGAAUGUUUCUCUAGCGUAGCAUUAAUUCAGUAGGAAUUCUAGGAAUAAUUUAAGGUUUAUGCUGUCGGCUCCGGCAGUAACAUCUGCGUGUAGCAUUCAGAUGACUGCAGUGUAUAUAAUCAAACACAUUUUCCACAGUUUUAUGUGGAUCUGCUUACAUAACCAAGUGUCUAUAGAUGACAUAUAUAGAUAAAUGAAUUGCUAUCAAGGUUUUAUGAAGCUCUGUCUGUUGUUUAAAAUCUCUUUUCAAGUGUGCAGGCACAACUUGUAGGCAAAUAUGCCAAAGCUUUUUUACCAUUUACAUUUAUAAACAUAUAAACGAGUGCCUGUGUGUGCGUGUGACGCUAGUGUAAACACAUCUGUAAACAAGCAUUUAUUAUCAUAAGUAUGAAAUGUUUCUGAAAUAUGAUCAAAGCUGCAGCAGAAGCAGUGAAGAGAUGUGAAAAAGAAAACUUGUUCUGAGGUUAAACUCCUGCAUGUUCCACUAACUGCUUUAUAACUCAGCUGAAAGACACAAUCAAGCUGUGUGUGUGGGUUUGUGUGCGUGCGUGCGUGUGUGUGUGCAUGCGUUUGUGUGUGUGUGUGUGUGUGUGUGUGUGUGUGUGCGUGCGUGCGUGCGUGUGUGAGGUUUCAUGAUGAACGGUGAGACUUCUGCUUUUUCUUUACUGAUGAAUAAAAUGCAGAGGUUACCUUAAUGUACUUUACCAUUGUUAAUGUAUAUGAACAGCAUGAUCUGUUUAACUAAAAUCUCUUGAAUAUUUUGGCAACCCAUAGAUUGUUUUGAUGACCAUUAAAGUAUUAAUACAAUAUUA